AUGUUUGCAGUACUGACUAAAACGAAAGGGGAGUUUCUUUAUGAAUGGGACUACCCAGGUGGCGCGUUAACUCCUGCGACAGCAGGUCAAGAUUCAAGAAGCGUCGCGCCGCGCCAGCGAAGCACCUCCGGGUCCUCAUUCCCCAAAUCCGAAGAUGCAUACGAACAUCACGUCCCAUUUUACGGCCAAUCAUAUACCGAUGAUCGAAUUGAUUUCAAUCACCGAUCUCCGCCCACUGGAUACCAGCAGCUCACCAAUCAUCGUAUGGAUGAUGGCAUAUACCCAGGUGCGGGAACAGCAACAAGUGACGAGGCAAGCAGUCCGCCUGAAUGGAGCCCAGGAAUGCAGUACGAGGUAGCCAGAGAAACAACCGGUCGCAGAACAGGAUGCGCAAGCAUUUCCGACCGCAGCGAAGCAACCACCUCGUCGAGAAGUGAUGUGUCUAUUCCACGAGUCCACGUCAACGAUUUGCAGGGGUUGAGUCUUGGGGAUCAUCCGGCCUCACAUAUGGUGCUGCCGUAUGGGGCCAGCAGUCACAGUCACCGCAAUGACCCCAUUCUGGGAGAUGUCCAACGAAAGUACGAUAGGGAGGUGUCAUCGGAACCAGCAUACGUGAUCCCCGGGAGUAACGGCGAACGUGAGAUGCUGGAUCCACGCUACAAGAGGCAGAGCGAUCCUCGAAGGUUUUUCCGAGUCGGCAGGGUCUUUUCGAUGCUAUGGCACGAGAACGCAGGCUGGCAUGGAACUGUACGCAGCGAGAAAGUUUCUCCUUCAUCAAGCCCUUUCACCAGGGGCAAGUAUCAAGAGCCCAUAUACAGUAGCAUCCGACGCAUGGUAGUCGUCAAGGAACAGAGAGGCUGCUGCUGGUGUGUACCCAUCACUACUUAUAGUGGGCAAGGCGUGGCCAAAGCCGGGAUCGACCGUAGCAAGCAUGCCGUCAUUCAUAUGCGAGGUGAUAGACCUCGAGCUGUGCGGUCCGAGCCCCGGAUGGCCAAAGAACCCCUGGAGGUUGAUCCCGCCAGGCCUGAUCAGAAGCUGGAUUGCAUGUCCCGAGUGAACUUCGGCAAGGUUUAUACCGUCGAGCACAAUGUCAAGGUCCUCCCCGUGGGCAAGAUCACAGAAGCCUCUAGGGCGAGAUUCCUGGAAUACGCUCAGGGUGAGUUUGCCGGAUAG